AUGGCUUUCUGGGUUGACUGGGCGCUGUGGGAGCAGUUGAGCUUUGUUCUUGUAUUCGUAUAUGCCUCCUGCGUCCUUGCAUUCAACACAUGGGUGACCCGCCGUUACGCCGAGGCUGAAUCGCGCCAGAAGGACCAAGAGGCAGAGCUGUACCCCAUGCUAUCCAGAGAUGAUGUGCCCUUCGGUGCAAAGGCUCUUGAGCGAGGCGUGCAGGUCGAAGGCAUCUGGGUCUCAAGCCCCAACACUCCACACUCGAGUACACUCCAACCCGAAACACCCAUUACAGACCAACCAUCCAGCUUUGACCCGAGGAAGUACCCAGUACGCCCUCCAACUCCGGCCUCGUCGACGGCUAUCGAGAAUGCAAAGAGUGCCCGAAAGACUUUACCCGCGGACACUCCAACGGCAUCGAGCUCUGAGCUAGACCUUCCCACUGGAGUCUACACUCCGACCAUCGUGUCCCAAAGCCCGAGCUUGCCCAGUAGCUUCAACCGCCACAGCGAGAGCUUCCUUGCCGACAGAAAGCACAACCAGAAGCGUGCCAGUUUCCACUCCCGCAUCUGGCAUGCAGGCGGAGUCUUCGACGCUGAGCCCACAGCGAGACGCCACGAACGCGAUGAGUCCGUUUCAGCACUGGCUGGCAAUGUGGCUAUUCCUCAUUCACUGGAUGAGCAGCGUCGGGCUUCACGAAUCUCAAGAGUCCUUCGCAAGCGGUCUUCAGAGGAGUUCCGACGAAAGAUGAGCGCCAUCUUCAAUGAGCGAAUCCUCAUCAAUACACCGUCUGAGCGGCUUGAAAUCGACCCAAUGUUUCGGUCCACCCAAGGUAGACACAAACGGAAGUCGAUCCUUACGCAAUCUCGUUCAUGGGACCAUUGA